AAAAACAACACACAACUCCCUGGCUUUCCCUCAGGAUUAUCAUUUCGAGUGCUAUUUCCCACUUAUUAUCCCUCCCACACACACAGUCCGUGGAGGCAGUACAGUACGUCAGUUUUAGUACACACCCAGUGUAUGAAAUGAGCAAACUCAGGCAAAAGAGGAAGCCGGAGCUGCCAGACUCGGCGGCUUUGCGUACAUGUGCACCUCAGCUGCAGCGUUUUGAGCUCUCAGUGAACAGCACGCUGGGCCAGGAGAGAGGCGGGGGGUCUAGAAGAAAGAACAUGAGUGCGACAGGAACAGGAAGUGGUGAGCUACCUGGUAAAACAUGAGGCUUGCUUGUUCCUCUCUCUUGACACUGCCUGUAUAUCAGCUCAGCCAUUCCAGUUGAAGAUUUAUUAGGCUUUGUCAUGUUAUUUAACGCAAAUCUGGAGUUAGUAUAGUUUGCUUUGUCCUGUCUGGCACAUUGUUUGACUUGUUUGGAGGCAAAAUGACACAGAACGGUGUCAGGACUGGUAAUGAUACCAGGAAAAAGGUAGAGGAACUUAAAAUUGUGAUUGUGGGAGAUGGAGGCUGUGGGAAAACAUCUCUACUGAUGGUUUAUGCCAAAGGUGAUUUUCCAGAGAAAUAUGCACCAUCAGUUUUUGAAAAGUAUGUCACAACUAUCUCUCUUGGAGGAAAAGAGAUAAAGCUCAACCUAUAUGACACAGCUGGACAGGAUGACUAUGACAGACUGAGGCCACUUUCAUACCAAGAGGCCAAUCUGAUUGUGGUCUGCUUUGAUGUCACCAACCCCACCAGCUUUGAGAAUGUCCUGAUAAAGUGGUACCCGGAGGUGAAGCACUUCUGUCGAGAUAUACCAGUCAUCCUGAUCGGCUGCAAGACUGACCUCAGAAAGGACAAAGAGUGUGCAAGGAAGCUGAAGGCCAUGAAUCUUGAUCCCAUCACUUACACACAGGGUGAGGAGACCCGCCAGCAGAUGAAUGCAGAACUCUACCUCGAGUGUUCGGCCAAAUAUCAGGAGAACGUGGAAGACGUUUUCAGGGAGGCAACGAAAAUGGCUUUGGCCUUCAAUCGAAAACAGAGGAACCACAAGAGGAAGAAGAAUUGUGUCGUUUUGUGAAGAUAAAAGGACUGAGGUUCCCAGGAUCCUACUAUCCUGCAGGUGAUAAUUGUUUAUCAUAUUACAAGUGGAUGGACUUAAGAUGCGCUCAGUGUCCUGCACAUGAAAAUAAGUAGAUUAGAAUAUAAUCAUUAGUCCCUGGAGAUUUCAUCCCCCCUGAACCAUCACAGUCUUCUUUAACAAAAGUGACUAACGAUGCAACAGGAAAGACUAUUUUGCAAGGUGCAAUGACAUUUUCUAAAAUGGAAUACAACUUGCACUUCCUGCCAACACAUUAUUCUUUUGAGUCAUUUAAAGUGCUUUUAUACUGUUUUUUUCUCAGCCCUAUCAUUUGUAUUUACAACUGUUUUUGUUAUUUUAAAUUGAAAUAUAUUUAUUCAUGACAUUGAAUAUUUAUUUUUUUGAUUAUCAUGGUUAUGAAUUUGUCUGUCUAAUUCUGCUGGUAAAAAAAACAACAAAUUCCUAGAGAGCAAGAGAGCUUUUUAAGCUCAUUAUUUAAGGAAAGUGUAGGUUUAAAAAGUCUUGCCAUACAUGUGGGAUCUGGUCAUUUCCAGCACAACAAAACAAAUGAAGCACCAACUUGUAAUGAAUCCAUGAGCCUAAAGCAGGCUCUUUACUUGACAAACAGCGCCACCUAGAGGCAAAAUCACAAGGUGCACCAAAACUGUUUUAUUUUUCCUUUAAAAGAAAUAGAAACAUUGUGAUAGCACACAAAACACUUGCAUAACAAUUGUUUUUAAUGAAGUGUUCAACAGUUUUUUCUUUACAAUAAUGUACACAGAUCGAGACACUGGCAACCGUCGUGUUACUGGCCACACUUGAGGCACCUGAUACAGUCUUGAAAUGAAACAGUCGAGUUAUGAAAAUGAGGACAUUGUGUUUUGUGCAUUCUGGCAGCUUUCACAUGACAUGUAACAUUUGGUAUAUAACAUGCUUUUAUUUUCCCUUAAUAAAAGUGAUGGCCAUGUUUUCAAGGAGCCUGACUGCAUUGCAGGAUUCAACAUGACUGUUAUGCUACCUAAA